CUGCGCUGCGCCUUUGAGCCAAGCUUAGCUGCGUUUUAAUUUCAUUAAUGUUAUUGUUGCUUUCGCUUUUGGGGCUUUGGGUGUGACGCGUUCUCGUUCAGUGUGAGGUGAACGUGUGAGCGGGCAACACGUCAACGCAACGAAAACGCGCGACGCGCUGCGCUAAAAACAAAACAGAAAAAACAAGUUAAAACAGAGAGAGAGAAGCGAAAACGAUUAACAGCGGCAACAACUCAAGUGUGAACUGUGUGUGUGUGUUUUUGAGGUUAUGUAACUUCGAGUUAAAAAGCAAUAACAGCAGCUAACUAAAAACGCCAAACACGUUCGAAGACAAACGCGCAAAUUGCACAUUCCAACAAAAAAUAUGGAGCACGAGUCGCAAGCGCAGGCGCCAACGCAGGCGCCAACGCCGUCGCAUCCGCUGCAGGAUGUGCCGUUGGCUGAGGAGCAGCAACAACAACAGACGCCCAAAAAUUGGGUUAAAUUUGAUGACGAAGCGACAGCGACAGACGGCAGUGAAAAUAACAACAAUGAAGGCAAUGCCACACAGUCGACGUCGCAGUCGCAGUCGCAGCAGCAGCAAAACAAGUUAAUGCUGCCCCCACCGCCGCCGUCUGUGGUAAGCAGCAACAACAACAGACGCGCGCGCUCGCGCAGUCCAGCAGCAACAACAACAACAACUACUCCAGAACCAGCGCAGCGCGCUGCAGUUUCCUCCACCACAAGUGCGGCUGGAGCAACGUUAACGGAUGUGACGCCCGCUGUUUUGACAACUGAGAGCACGCACGUUAAUCUGAAUGCAUCCGGCAGUGGCAGCACUCCGUCCCGUUCACAUCCACAGCAGCUAAUAAACCAAAAAGCAAGUGCGGCAAAUGCCGCAGCGGCCACAACAUCAUCAGCGUCAACAGCAGCAGCAGCAGCAGCAGCAACGUCCACUCAGCCAAAUGGCAACAACACAACAGCAAGAGCAUCAGCAUUGCGGUGGAUCCAGCCGCCGGCAUGCGCACUAUUGAAUUGUCAACGGGUCGUAUACGUGAGGGUUUUGCUCAAUGGAGAUGUAAUUGUGACACUGCUGCCGGCGAAUACGAAGUGGCCCUGGAUCACACCCGCCAUAUUUCGUCCCGAGCUGGUGCCCGAGGAGCUGAUGGCCCAGGGCUUAACCCUCACUGUGGAGGACUAUGUGAACGCCAUGGAAACGCUGGUCAAUGACUAUCGCUUUACGGUCUAUAAUAUUUGCUAUAAACGCAUACUGGUGUGCUGGAUACUUUUUGCAUUCACUGUGCUGCUGGCGCUGCUCUUCUCUGGACUGCAGGGCGUGGCGCUGUUCUCGCUGGGCGUGGGCUGGCUGUUCCUCAAUGCGGCGGCCAUAUUCCUUUGCAUGUGGGUGAAGCUGCGACUGUCGCGUGGGCUGGAGAAAUGUUUGGCCCGAGUGAAUAAGCAGCUGAUGCGGCAUAAGAUUUUGCUGGUGCUGGACGAUCGUGGACGCAUUAGUUGCCACAAGGUGAAUCUUUGCUUCAUGUACUUCGAUUCGACGCAGUGCGUGAGUUUUCUCAAUGAAUUUCUGGAGCACACGGAGCAAAAUGGCGGCGAGGCAAUCAAGGCGGGCUGGGAGGCCAAGCUGGACAUAGAUGUUAACGAUAUUGUCAUACAAGGCAGUCAGCCAGUGAGGCUAUCACGCAAGCAGGCUGUGGCCCAGGAGCUGUUUCUCAGCUACUUGCAACGCUGGGGCAAGGACUUUCUGCGGCGUCGUCUCGACUGGACGGUGCAAGAGGCGGGCGUACAUGAGACUCCGCGACAUCUGCAGUCCUCCAUUUGUCCCUGCCAGUAUGAGGAGGAGCUGCUGCGCAACAAAAUUAAAAUCAGUCUGCAGCAUCGUCAAUGCUGCGGCAUUAAUUGCAUCAACUGCUGGCUGUAGCAAGCGAGCGCAAGUUUAAAGUUCCAGAUUGAUUUGUGCAUUGUGAAAAUUAAACGAAUUGUUAAGCCAAGCGCAGUGUAUUUGUU